AUGGGGAAAAAGGAUGAUUGGCGACGGGUGAAAUUUGCUAGCGACAAGGACAGACGCCCGCAGGUCACAGUAAAACACACUAUUGCUCGAGGGCGGGAGAUUAGGAUAGACGAUCGCCCAGCAAACUUUGUACCAACCAGCGCAACAAGUUUCGUCUCAUCAUCAGACACUGUACAUCGAACCAGCGACCUGACUCCGCGGCUUUCUUCCCCGCUGCAUCAUGAACCGCCCCUCAUCGCUGGAGAUACUGGACCGCUGCGAGUAGAUGGGAGUGAUAAAUAUUUUGGGUUCGAAAAUUGCCUAUACUACUCGGCGCCAUUCCGAGAACAUGUUGUCAACUUCCCGACCAAAGCCAUUGUUAUUGAAAGCACAAAACCUACGAAACGCACCUCGUUCUCACCACAAGCGACAUCUACUACGCCAUAUCCAAAUGUCUCGUCUCCUGCGCGAAAGGUCAUUGCGCCGACCUCGCCAUCACCGGGGGGUGUCAAAGCGGAGGAAAGUAAAGAGUCGGCAGAAUACAAGAAGCGCAUGGCAUUACAGGCAGGUCCGGUGCUUAGCAUGACGCAUGAUCGCUCAGGUCGCUAUGGAAUGGAGGAAUCGCUUUUCACUUCACUGCGGGACAUCUUCGAAUCGAUCAUUGACAGUCAAUCACGGAUCGGAGUGGUCAGUCCACACAGGUUCUUGGAGAUCCUCCGUCGAGAUAAUGAAAUGUUUCGAUCGGCUAUGCAUCAAGAUGCGCAUGAGUUCCUGAACUACGUGCUCAACCAGGUGGUGGACGAGGUGGAUCUAUUUGUUAAGAAGAACCCGGAACUGGUCAAGCAAUUUGCAAUUGAGAAGAGCAGGAAGAACACAAAUGGUAUGGUGGGAGGCUCAGUAACAGACGAUUUAGAUGCGCCUGUGAAGUCAACUAUUCGCCCUAUAGAUCAGAAAUGGGUGCACGACAUCUUCGAGGGCCGACUGACAUCCGAAACGCGCUGUUUGACGUGCGAGACGACAUCUCAGCGGGACGAGCCAUUCCUCGACCUGUCGGUCGACCUCAGCCCGCAUACCUCGGUGACGGCUUGCUUGCGAAAGUUUUCAGAGGAAGAGAUGUUGUGCGAACGUAACAAAUUUCACUGCGACACGUGUGGAGGUCUACAGGAAGCAGAAAAGCGAAUGAAGAUCAAGCGCCUGCCGCGAGUGUUGGCUCUGCAUCUCAAGAGAUUUAAGUACACGGAAGCGGUCGCUACCAAUGGUAUCAUUGGCGGAUUGACCGAUGGCUUCUAUGCCGCACAACGACUCCACAAGCUCUUCCAUCGGGUAGUCUAUCCCUUCCACCUCCGGCUCUUCGACACAACAGAUGAUGCUGUGGACCCAGACCGGCUGUACGAACUGUACGCCGUCGUCGUUCACAUUGGCGGUGGUCCUUAUCAUGGCCACUACGUCAGCAUUGUCAAAACCCAUGACCGUGGCUGGCUUUUGUUCGAUGACGAAUUAGUCGAACCUGUCGAUGAGAGUUAUGUGCUCAGCUUCUUUGGUGGCGAACCUGUACCAGGUGUCAAUGAUCCGCGUCAAUUAGCUUGCGCGUAUGUGCUCUUUUACCAAGAGACCACACUUGAAGCUGUGAUAAAAGAGCAGGAGAUGCGUGCGCAGUCACCCUCAACUAGUGCUGCGUCCGCUGCAGCAGCCGAUGAGAUACGUAAGUCUGCAGAAGCCGAGGCUGCUACUAUGCUCAAGCAACCCAAUGGCUUUCACCGAAGCAAUACGAAUGAUUCCCACACGGUCAAUGAGACGUUCAAUCCGGCCUCAGGAGAACAGCCAGUCGCAGUGCACAAAACACGAAAAGAGACUCGCCAAGAGACCAACAUUCGCCGCAUCGAUGCUCUUAAACGGGCAGAGACAACGUCUACACCAAACGAGCAUGCCAAGAAUGAUGGUGAAGGUGUUGAAAGCAACAACAGACCUUCCAUCAGCGACAACAGCAAGAAUAAAGACAAGGAGGGUGGUCUCUCGAGAUUUCGACAUGGGAACAUGAGUCUCAGAGGCACGACAAGGCUGUUCAGCAGCGGGAGCAUGAAAAUUAAGGCAAACAAGGGAGAUGAAAAGUUGAAGGAGAAAGGAUCAUCAAGCCAGCUCCAAGUAUCGGUCAACUCUGACGUCGUGCCUUUAGCGCCACAUGAGACUGAAACAACGACUGAGGGCGAUUCUACUUCCACUCUUUACAAGGAUGAGAACAGCACUCGUGCUACGUCAACUAAGACUGACGCGACAUCUCUGCCAUCCGCACUAUCAUCUCCACCAUUGCCUGCAGCGGAUCCACUAUACGCAGUCUCAAACGCCUCCUCAUCAACACCACCUCCAUCCUCUCAUGGCGCCACCAGCGACUCAGCACAUCAUAUUCCUCGCAAACCCGUCAGGAGAACACCUUUCGCCCCGUUCGGCCAUUUCGGCCGCAGCGACAAAGCAAAAGAAAAGGACAAACACUCCCUCGCAUCAUCGCUGUCUAAGAGCGAGCACAGCCAGCCUCAUCACUUAAGCACCAUACCGACCACCAUCAACGGCGGUCCCGCUUCAACUGCAAGCACAACAAGUGUCUCGACAAACGCCAACGAGCCCAUAGCCCCCGCCUCGCAACAUCCACCUCCAUCCUCAUCCUCGACCUCGUCCUCCCUGCCAGCCAGCGCACUCCCAUCCGCCGUUCAGAAUAACCAUACUGCUCUCCCUCCACAGCAACCCUCGGGACAGACUCUGUAUCCGCCUACAAAGGAGAGCGCACCCACCGCCCUUCCGACUUUCAAUAUCUCCUCACCCACGAGCGCGCCUCCUCCAGCCGGAUCCGUGGAGAACCCGCCCCUCGCUACACGGGAGGGCAAACCGAUUAAGAAGCAUCGCUUCAGUCUCGGCGGGAAGAAGAAAAGUAGUGCCAUGGCAUGA